AGUAGCUUAGAACAGCUCUACCCACGGCAACAACACGCGUUGCAUGUUAUUCGCAAUUUUAGUUCACGAUUCUUGAUUUUGAUUUGAAAAAUGUUUAUUAUUACUAUCGGUGGUUAUUUCAAUUCAGUAACCGACAAUUUUACUAACAUUGUAACUUUGUUUUGAGUUCGUCCAUGUUCCUUCACGUUUUAGAAUAAACAUUAAUCUAAGUGACUUUGUAAUGUAGUUAUUAAAGUGAUUUCAUACAAUGCUAGAGCCAAGCCCGUGCUCUAAUCCCUAUUUAUCUAUUUAGUCUACGUCACAUUCAGCAAUGUACACACGCAUCACCAAUCCCGCGAUAACGAUGCGAUAAAAAGAAUCUUAUCAUUAUCACUCCACCUCGAUAAGGCUGAACGGGUAGUUGUCAGUGCCGAUAUAAAUAAAAAAAAAAAAAAACAAAAUGCGCGCCUUAAAGUUUUUGACGUUAUUUUUUUUAAUUUACAACCCUGUUAAGGCACAGGAUAAUGAUGACACAGAAGAAGUGCACAGAUCAAUUAUAGUGUGUUCAUAUUGUACGUGCAGUGAAAUACCAGAUGUGGAUGGGACUCAUUUAGUGCUAAAUAUUCAGUGCUCGGAGUUGGAUAGAACAGAAAAUCUAGCGGACUUGGACAAAAUCGAGUGGCCUGAGAAUCCUAAUGGACUGAAAAUCGCUGCGGCUUUCGAAGGGUUGGGACUCACCACUUUAGGCAAGUUACCACCGAACUCCCAAGUAGAAACUCUCCGCUUCAGUAACAACGCCAUCAAUACCUACUGGCCAGAUCCACUGAGUGACGUCCCAAGCCUGAAGAAGCUCUCCUUCACACAGAACGAGCUGACGGAGAUCACUCCUGACCUGUUCACGAAAGCCGAGGGGUUAGAAGACGUGGAUCUGUCCUUUAACAAAAUAGCGGAAUUGAAUCCUUUGGAUUUCAAAUACUUGCAUCAUGUGAAAAGGUUGAACUUGCAAAGUAAUUUACUGAGGAAGAUCCCAGUCGAAGCGUUGCAGCCUAUGACAAUGUUAGAAGACCUUGAUCUGAGCAAAAAUGGGAUACAUGACUUACUCCUACGGAGAACCGAGUCUGGCACUCUGAGAGGAAUAAGGAGGUUGAAUUUAAAUGGCAACCGGAUACGAUCGAUUGUCAAAGAUUCGUUCCCUGAAGACAAUAAUAUAGAGCUCCUGGAUUUAUCUAACAACAUAAUUGAGGUGAUUGAGGAAGACGCCCUGUUGUCUUGCACCAGUUUAAGGGAAUUGAACCUUGCGCAGAAUAACAUAACGUUCACUUUCGCACUGCCCUCGACGCUGCAGAUCGCUAUAUUGAAGAUAAACACUUUGUACCAUUGGCCUAAGUUUCCUAGUGGGAUCACGUUUGUGGAUUUGUCUUACAACCGGUUGUCAGCUUUGUAUGAUGAGGAUAAUGUGGAAUUUGAUAACUUGGAGAUUCUCAGUAUAGGAGGGAACCAAAUAAAAGAUUUCUACAUCGAGAAGAAACUGCCAAAGCUAUUCAGUUUGGAUCUAUCAUACAACUUACUAACAGAUGUACCAAAGAGUUUGAGCACCCAAACCUUUCCCAGACUAGAAGAACUAAGGCUCGAUGGCAACCCUAUAGAAAGCAUCUAUUUUAAAAAUAUUAUAGCUUUGAAAAAUCUUUAUAUGAAUGAUUUGAGUAAACUACAUGUGGUAGAAGAUAAGGCGUUUAGUAAUGUGAUAGGUAGAGUGGGAGACGAGAGUUUCUUUGAGCAGGGUUGUUUCUCUCUCUUUCUCUCCAAUUGUGCUUCGCUGAGGAGUAUAGAGGAAGGAGCAUUUGAUGCAACCACAUUGUGUAUGUUGGACAUAAGUAAGAACAACUUAACAUCGCUAUCGAGGACACUCCUCGACUGGAAGUCUUUGCCAGAGGGCGCCAACCUGCAGUUCAACCCGUGGCAUUGUUCCUGCGACCUGCAAUGGCUGUUGGAUGAUCUAUUGCCGCAAAUGUACCGCGCUAAUUCACGACUUCUUGCGGAACUUAGAUGUGGAUCCCCGCGAGCGUACGAGGGUCUGCGGCUUGUGCACUGGUACAACUGGACCGAGCAGGCGAUGUGCACCGACGACCUUAGCAUGCGUUCUGGACCGUACGGCACUUACAUGGUAGAACAAUCCACCGAAGGGCUAUCAAAAGUGACCUCCCUUACGCUAAUCCUCGGAGGCUGCAUCAUAGUCGCCUUGCUGAUCGCGAUAGCCCUGGUGGUAUACCUGGUCAGAACGCGUCGAAGACACAGGAUCAGGCAAGCUGCGUUGAACAGGAAACGGCAGAGCGCGGCGGACGCCAAAAACAGUAAUGGCGCGCAGAAAGAACAGUUUUCUGCCUUGAAUAAAGCGUGAAAUAUCAAAUAAUAAGUAGGUAUGUAUAUGUGUCUGUUUCUAUGUCCGCUCGUACCUACUCAACGGCUGAACCAAUUUUGAUAAAUAAAACGUCAGUAGAUUAGUCUUGAUCGCGCGAGUAUUACUGAGUACAUAAAAUUCUUUAAAAAUGGGCUGAAAAGGAUGCAGAGCAAACCGCAGUCUGGGGGUUUGAAAACUUUUUAAAUUACCUACUUGUUAUUGGUCGGAAUAUUUUAAUUGUUUUCUUUCAGGAACUAUGAGAAGAUAAUUAUAUUAUUUUAUCUUCAACUAUAGGUUUUUAAAUCAUUGACAGUAUUAAUAAUAGUUUAUAAGAGCCUAAAAAAAUAGACCGACCAUCGUCGCCUGCUUUUUUAUUUUGUAAUAUAAUUAUUUUUUACUGUAAGUAAGUAAAUAAUUUAAGUUAUUUGUAAGUUGUAUUAGUAUGAUAAAUAAAUUAUUUGAAUGAUAGAUUAGGUAUUUCUUGUUGAAGAGAAGGAAUAAAAUAAAAUAAUGCAUGUUAAAGAUUUAUUGUUUUACAUUUUGGCCAAAAGAAUACGAAUACACGAUUCUAAAUAAAUUAUUAUUUAGUAUUAUAUUACAAAACUGUAAAAUUUGUGCAAAAAGAUUAUUAAUUAAGUACUAUUACCGUUAAUAAUUUACUAUUAUUUUUAAGAAUAUCACUAGCCAUAUUGUCCAAAGUUUAGUGUUUUUUGUAUAAAAUAAAGUAUUUUUUAUGUUUC